GGGCGCCUGGGGUGAGCGCCGAACAUUCAAAGUUUCAAACUCGACGGAAGGAACUUUCAAACUCGACGGAAGGAUGGAGUAAUAAUUUUACCGUGCAGUGCACGGUAAAAUCUUGCCGGGCAAGCACUGGUUCGAUUUAAAAGGGGUGGGCUCUAAGGAACAGAACGGACGGAGAAGAAGAAGAAGAAGAAUUUAUCCCAAUUUGCGAUGGAAAAUUGCGGCUUGUUGGUUCGGAUGUGCAUCGAUGCGGCAACUGAGGACCGCGAUGCCGUCGAGGCGUGGCGGAGACAGCGGCGCACUCUGGAGCGCUUGCCUUGCGACCUCGCCAACAUUCUCCUCCACCGCCUGCUCCGCCGUCGCCUCCUCUUCCCUUCUUUACUCGAAGUUUUUAACCAUUGCGCGGAUGAGGUAAACUUGAAAGGAAAUAGCAGAGUGGAUGCAGAAUGGAUGGCAUAUUUAGGCGGCUUCAACUACUUGCACACACUGAAUCUCUCAUAUUGCCGUAAAAUUAGUAGUUCCUCUAUAUGGCCUAUUACAGGCAUGACGAGCUUGAAGGAACUUGACCUCUCUUAUUGCCCAAAGAUUACAGAUGCCGGAAUUAGGCAUCUUUUGUCCAUUCCAAAGCUGGAGAAGUUGUGGAUUGCACGAACAAGUAUUACGGCAGAAGGAGUUAUUCUUCUCAGUUCAUUAACGAAUUUAUCUGUUUUGGAUUUGGGUGGACUGCCUGUAACCGAUAUAGCUCUGGGUUCUCUACAGGCUCUCACUAAACUGCAAUCUUUAGUCCUUUGGGGAACUUCAGUAUCUGACGAAGGAGCUUCUGUUCUUAGAAAUUUCCGGGAACUGAGUUUCCUGGAUUUAGCGUGGACAAAAGUUACGAGUCUGCCAUUUCUUCCCUCUCUUGCGUUCCUGAACAUGAGUAAUUGUGUCGUAGAUUCUUUAUUUGAAGGCAAUAAAGUGAGAGUGGAAAGGCUGAUUCUAUCUGGAUCCCGAAUUUCAGAUAAAUCUGAUGUUUUUCAAAAUGUUGAAGCCUCUAGUUUAUCUCUUCUGGAUUUGUCCAACUCGCACAUUCAUUCCUUUGGGGUUUUGACGUGCAUGAAUGCCCUAACAGAAUUAGACCUCAGUGAUUGCGGCAUUGGAGAUGAAUCAGUUGAAUACAUUGUAUGCACUGGACCAAGUUUAAGGUAUUUAAAUCUCAGCAAGGCAAAAGUAAGCUCAUAUGGAGUGGGUAUCUUAGCUGGGCGUGUUCCUCAUCUCGAAACGUUAAUGUUGCCUUACACUGCCAUUGACGACAAUGCCAUUUCAUAUAUCAGCACAAUGCAUUUACUGAAGUCCAUCAGUCUAAGGGGUACAAAUGUCAAAGGUGUGAUUAACCAUGUGGAAUCUGAUCAAGACUGGAACUUUUCUCUGUCAGCAUUACAUUGUCUACAUCAUUUGGAAAGAUUGGAUUUGGAGGAGACUCCAAUUAGGGAUGAAGCACUAUCCCCUCUCUCAAACAUCAGAAAAUUGAACUAUUUAUCUUUACGAGGCGGACCCCUAUCGGAUGCGUGCUUGCACCACUUAUCAAAGAUAAAAAACUUGAUAAACCUUUGGCUUGGUGAUACCGUGCUAACCAAUGCGGGGCUUGACUCCUUCAUUCCCCCAUCAGGUCUGGAAGUAUUGGAUCUAAAUGGGUGUUGGCUAAUAACUGAAGAUGCUAUCCUAUCAUUUUCUCAAAAUCAUCCUUCAAUCGACUUGAGGCAUGAACACGUUAGGGCCCUUCCCUCAGAACCCAAACACAAGGAGGAUAAACAACCCUCGCCGUUGCUUAGGGUAAAGAAUGAGAGUUUCAUUGAUCAGAGGCUCAAAUACAGCAGAGAAGAAUUACUGGCCUUGAAUUUUGCAUCUACAUCAUUAUCUUCUCCUUCCAAUGGAUAAGAACAAUGCGCGACUACAAAAUCUAACACUUACUGCAUUUUCCCCCGAUAUUUAUUGCAUUCAUCCGUAAUGAUCCCAUAUCUGUUGGGGACUCGGUGUCAAUAUGUAUGCAACCUUACCCUCGUAAAAAAGAGAGGUUGUUUUCGUAAGACCCUCGAUGCAUCGGUGCAUUUACUGCCGAAAAAAGAAGCAUGAGCUCGAAGCUAAUUUGCGCGCCAUUUCAACUGUUAUUUACCCAAAGCAUUAUCAAGAAUGACUUCUUAGCUCCAUUGGCAAGAGAUUUCAGUCGAAGUGUUACCGUCAAGCAAUUUUUUGUAUAUGGACGAAUAAUGGUUACAAGGUACAAAUAUCAUUAUUCUUCUAGCAGGGCCCCUUUUAGAUUUUUUCAUGCUUGUGUACCAUAGUCUAUUACGAUGCCUUUGUGUUCAUCCCGAGUAUCUGGGGACUGGGAUCAAUGUGGAAAUAAUAAACAGUUGUUUAUUUGUUAGAGAUGUACUUGUAAAUUUUUAAUGCUCUGGACCAUGCUAUGUAAUUUGUUUUCUAUGUUUUUCUAUAAAUACUAGAUGUGCAUUUCAUAAUCAAUAUGACUACAUAUU